UAUACACUACCGCCAUCUGGCGCAUUAGUUUCCUUUCUCAUAAUUACCUUAAAAGAAAGUACACGUGCUUAACAAAAUGCAGAAGAAACAAAAGGAACCGAUCCAUUCUGUACAAGUGUUUGGGCGUAAGAAAAGUGCUACUGCAGUAGCUUACUGCAAACGAGGCCGUGGAAAUCUUCGCGUAAAUGGAAGACCAUUGGAGUUGGUUGAACCUCGUGUUUUGCAAUAUAAAUUACAAGAACCUAUUUUACUUCUCGGGAAGGAGAAAUUUGCUGGUGUUGAUAUAAGAGUUCGAGUAAAUGGAGGUGGUCACGUAGCGCAAAUUUAUGCCAUUCGUCAAGCUAUUUCUAAAGCUCUUGUAGCUUAUUAUCAAAAAUAUGUUGAUGAAGCGAGCAAAAAAGAAGUCAAAGAUAUUCUAAUCCAAUAUGAUCGUACUCUUCUGGUCGCAGAUCCAAGGAGAUGCGAACCAAAAAAGUUUGGUGGUCCAGGAGCAAGAGCACGAUAUCAAAAGUCCUACCGUUAAUAUGUUUAUCAUAUUAUAUAAUAUUUAUACCGUUAAAUAAAAAAAAAAACAAAUCUCUGCAGACAUGAUUAAAUCAUAAAAAUUGCUGGACUUUUAAUUAUCGAUGAUUAUCCUAUUUUUCUUGUUUUUUUAAAAAAAAGAAAGAAUCAAACCAUCAGGACACUAAACUCUAUGCUGCUUUAAGGAUCCUAAUCACUGUGCAAGUAGUUAGCCAAGAUACCCAAUCGUUUUUAACAAAAUAAAGGAAGAAUUUUCACAAAGAG